AUGAAAAUAAGAUGUGUCCUGUUACAUAAAUUGAGACAGAGGUGCUUCCUGUUGUCCCUGGCCCUGCUGGUGGUGUGUCUGCUGAAGCUGGUCUAUGUUAAAGUAACGGUGAGGAACAGCUUCUACAUCGAGCCCUAUGGAAUCACAGACAGCUCCUCACAGAACCCCAACCACCAGUACAACAUCAACUGCACCGCCAUCUACCAACUGGACCCUGUGGAGGUAGAUUGAUACAUUGAAUUUAUUUGACAAUUUAAAUAUGUAAAAAAAAAUAUAUCUAUCUAUAUACAUUUAAAAAUAACUAUAAAGGAUAAGACAGUAAAGUAAUUGACUUUUUCCCUUACGAUCCUUUUGUCAAAGGUAGGGAAGUCAUUGGAGAUCAGACGCAAAGUCAUUGUGGACUUGGAGGAUGACAGCAUUGUGUCUUUGACCUCGGACUGUCAGAGGUACUUGGGCUUUCUAUACGGUACUUUGUAACUUGCCUCGUUAUCUAUAGUGACUGUGAUUGUUUUUUAAUGUUGUGAGUAUUUUGUAUUGGGUUUUUCUAUGGCUGUAAGGAUGACAACCUCAUUUCCCCUUGGGGGUUUAUAAAGUACUAUCUCAUCUCUCAUAUCAUCUAAUCUCAGGUACAUCGAGACAAGAGGAUAUGACAUCAUCCCGGUGUCGGAAGAGGAGCGGAGGUUCCCGCUGGCGUACUCCCUGGUGGUGCAUAAGAACGCUGCCAUGGUGGAGAGGAUCUUCAGGGCCACCUACGUCCCUCACAACCUCUACUGCAUCCACUAUGACCAGAAGGUAGGGCCGGCAGCCAGGUAGCCUGGAGGUUAGAGGGGCAGGCUCGCUACCGGAAGGUUGCCGGUUUGAAUCCUGGACCGGGUAGGAAAGAAAUCUGAGUGGAUUUGUGCUGACUACUUGAGGGUUGUUAGUGAUGUACGUGCAUGCGUAUAUUGGAGGGGUUAGGUACAGCUGCAGACACAUUUCUGUCUCGUAUGGACAAUUAUUAAUAAUCGUCUCCUUCUAGUCCUCUCAGAGCUUCAUAGCAGCCAUGAGGAACCUGGCUCACUGCUUCCCCAACCUCUUCCUAGCCUCCAAGCUGGAGUCUGUGCAGUACGCCCACAUCACACGGCUCAACGCCGACCUCAACUGCCUCAAUGACCUGUUAGAAAGGUCAGAGGUCAAGUGGAAGUAUGUCAUCAACCUCUGCGGCCAGGACUUCCCCCUCAGGUAAGAAAACAACACUUUUACAGAUUGUUUUACUCAUAGUGUAAUUGUUUUUUAUAAUGUUUUAUUGUCACAUACACCGGAUAGGUGCAGUGAAAUGUUUUUACAGGGUCAGCCAUAGUAGUACGGUGCCCCUGGAGCCAAUUAAGGUUAAGUGCCUUGCUCAAGGGCACAUCGACAGAUUAUAGUCCUAGUCCUUAUCUGUAGUCUUUUAAAAAUCGUAUUUAUAGUCAUAUACUCCUGAAAUGGCCCACCUAUAGCACUAGCUUCUCUGGUCAGUAGUAUAUACAGUAGGUCAGUAGUAUAUAAGGGGAAUAGGGGGUUAUUUUGGACACAGCCAUAGUCUUUAUCUGUAAAGUCUUGAAAAGCACUGUACAAAUUAAAUGUAUACUAAUGAUUAUUAUUAUCAUUAGGUCGAACGGUGAGCUGGUGUCGGAGCUGCAGGCGCUGAAUGGUGCCAACAUGCUGGAGACCUCCCGUCCCAGUGAGCUGAAGAAACAGCGCUUCCGUUUCCAGCACCAGCUGAAGGAUGUGCCCUACGAGUACCGCCGCUUACCUGUCCGAACCACACACGCCAAGGCACCGCCGCCGCACGACAUCGAGAUGUUCAUCGGUAGCGCCUACUUCGUUUUGUCCCGUGAAUUUGUCCGUUACGUCGGAACCAGCCGGGUGGCGAGGGACUUCCUGGAAUGGUCAGCUGACACGUACUCCCCGGACGAACACUUCUGGGCGACGUUGACGAGAAUCCCCGGUGUACCGGGAGAGAUCUCCCGGUCUGCCCCAGAUGUGACAGACUUGAAGAGUAAGACACGUCUGGUGAAGUGGAAUUAUCUGGAAGGGUCUCUGUACCCUCCCUGCACUGGGACUCACAUGAGGAGUGUCUGUAUCUAUGGGGCUGCAGAGCUGCGAUGGUUGCUGAACUAUGGCCACUGGUUUGCUAACAAGUUUGACCCCAAAGUGGACCCGGUGCUUAUCAACUGCUUGGAGGAGAAAUUGGAAGAGAAACGUAGACGAUGGGAAAACACGGUGCAGAAUUGAAAAGGAAAAACGACUGUAAAUUAAAUUGGAUGGGAGAAUCAUUUCAUUUGUGGGUUUAUUUGGAAGAUUUACCCAGCCUGCAGAUGAGGUACUUUGCUCCACUAGCAACUAACUGCAAGGAAUAAGUCCGAUUCUGCAGUGGCAGGAUAUUCUUGUUUUACAAAAAAAUGUUUUUAUGUCUACUGAAUACUAGUUCAAACUAGUUGAACCUGACUGUUUUUCAAUUGAAAAUGAAGUGUUGAAGUUCAGUUGAACUGUUCGAACUGUUGAACGGCUUCGCCCAACUGUUUUUUAACGAUGUCCAAGAUGGACGUUUUAGAGGAUAGUGAAACAAGACGAUCGAUGGCCUAAAUAUCUACACUACUAGAUUCUGUUAAGGAUAUCGCAAAGAACUUGUUACGGUAAUGUCACAUGUUGCAAUAACACCUAAUGGAAUGUCUCAUAUUGAUACCAGAUCCAAUGAGAAAGGAAUUUAGAUUGAAUUGACAGUCAUUUUUGUUAUUCUCUGAGAUGCUUUCACGCGGGUAAAAAUGCUAAACUCUUUACCAAACCAACAAUACCAAAGACACUAAACUGUAACAAAAC